AUGGUGUGUUUAGGGGCAACUGUCUCAAAGAUUGACACAUCCUUCCAUCCAGCCCUCUCCAGUAGUCGCCUGAAGCGUGAGCUGAUAAAGGCUGAGCAGAUUAAGGCCUAUCCAGCCGGUUUAGGCCUCACUGGGGCAUAUGAUUUGUUUCACUCCGACAAACGUCUAUCACCAGAAGAGCGAUACAUCCAUACCUUCAUUGACGAAGACGGAUACGCUUUUAUCCUCACGUGUUUCAAGGCCUUAUUGGAACUGGUUCAUCAAGUGCUGUCAAUUGAGUGUGACACUACCUUCCAACGUGUACAAGAAGUCGUUUUUCGCAAAGGCAUGAACAAUCAAGAAGAGCUGGAGAUUAAUGAAUGGGAAAUGGUGAUAUUCUACAAACCCGUUCAACGAGCACUCACAAUAAUGCGCAUAUACACGAACCGCCAUGAUACCACUUCUUAUGAGAAGCUCUUUGACGCGGUGCAGAAAAUAACGCUUGACUUGACUGGUCAACCUCUGGCUUUCAAGCGUCUACGACCAGAGGGUAAUCUACUUGCAAUGGUUGUGGAUAUGGAGAUAGCUCAGGUGAAAGGCGCCGCGGCGUCAUUCGCCAAGUCUCAGGACGUCUCCUAUAGCAAGUUGAAUGGAAAGUGUUUGCCUCCAUACUUCAUCAAGCUAUGUCAUGUUCACGCUAAAAGAGGCAUACACGACUUCAGACUUAAAAUGACAAAGAAGGACUAUCGCCACCUUGUGAACUAUAUGAAUCACAUCAAGACGAAAGAAGACCUAGAAAGGUUUCAUGUCUUUGUUCUAUCCUUCAAGAUUCCAGCUCUGACUGCUUGGUGGAAGCACAAACGGUCAAUUGAUUGGAUUAUCCCAUGCACCAUUGGCGGCCUCUCCCCCAUGGGUCCAGAUUGGGACGAAACGCCAAAUCACACCAAUGCUGGUGAGGGGCAACAUGCAUGGUCAAAAGAGAGAUCAUUCAAGCAUCAGAAAAUUGUUUCGGCAAUUCAAACAGGUCGGGAUAUAGACGCAGCAACACUCAAAGAGGUGCAGAUGGCCCGGGAAAGUGGGGUGCCGUCCAACACGCACAAUGAGCUUGUAGACCGUCAAACACGCAAUGCUACUCGUCGCAAUAAUCGGGCAACAAAAGCAAGAACAGCAGAAAAACAACAGAAUGCGACUGCUGAGCUUCAAAACGAGUUAGAUUCAGCGCAGGACGAGUUGAAGCUUGCGAAGGCAAGGAGAGAUGACCUGAAGCAGCUGCUCAGAGAUUCAAGGAUGGCGACAACCUCCUCUGGUGCUCUUCGCAAGAUCAGGAUGCCGAAGAAGAGGAAACUGCAAGAACUCUCGAGCUCAAGCGGUCGAGUAAAGAUUCGGAAACAGACAAAGAAGGCAAAGAAGGCUGCAAAGAUGCAGAUUCAAGACGAGUCUGAUGACGACGACUUCGAGCUGCUGUCACUGUCUGAUUUGUUCUGUGAGCCGCAGAAUUCAAAUAGCUUUAUGGCAGAUGAUCUAGUCGCUGAGAAACCAGCAGAUGAGAAUCUCGGGAUGGUUCAGGAUUAUCAGCCACUCCCUCAGCCUGAGGAAGUGGCUGAUUCUACCAAAUUUGUGGUCUCUGGGUCAACCAACACUACUCUCACGGCUGUCGCUGAUGCAGAAACUCAAGUCCAGGACCGGCGUACCAAGCGAAAGGAAAGAGACGUACCCGACGUUUCGACCAUCAUUCAGGGGAAUGCGAAGCGUAGCCGCAAACCAACUUCGAAGGUUGCCGAGGCAGAAACCCAGACUCUCGCCACUGCCUCUAUGAGCAAGCCGGUUUCAUUUAGAAGAAAACCUGGCUCGAGAAGAGCUUAA